AUGUAUACUGCAAAUGGCCUUUCGUCUGAAAUGAUUCUCAAAAUUGCUCAGCAAUUAUCAUUAUCGGAAGAUAAUAUAAGUCAAACGUGUUUACAGAUGGCGACAAUGUAUCGCGACAAUAAAAUAGCCGACUUUGCUGACAUUGAUGGUGAUACAAGUAAUGAAUCUCGGUGCAUUGCUUUAGAGUGGUAUCGAAAAUGUUUAAAUAUUUCAACAAAUAUGUUAACAAAAGCAACUUGCUAUUAUAAUAUUUUAUGUCUUUAUAAAGAUUUUAUUCUUGACGGUGACAAAGGAAAAGCUGAUGUUCAAAGUAUGAUCAGUUUAUUACCUGAAUUGAAUGCAAUUGAUCAACAUUUAUUGCUCGAUUUGACAUGUCGAUUUAUGAAAGAGUAUGAUAACAGUCAAGAUUUUUAUGAGACAAAGAUUUAUAGACAAUUAGAAUAA